AUGAGAUCUGAGAUUAGCAUCACAUUAUGGAAUCUCUGUCGCCCCACAGGCCAGGAAUACUGCCAUGUAAAUGGUGCUGGACAAGGGAAUAGAGGAUGUUUCUCAAACCACACCAUGCCCAUGACAGAGAGUGCCGGGGGUCCCCAGGGAGCUGUUGACCUCAAACUGGACCUCAAGUCCUCUUCCGAAAGUGCCAAGAAGUUGCAGAACAAGGAUUCCGGUUUCUUGGAUGGAAGCCCUUCUGAGUCGCCAGACUUGGAAACGACCAAGGGCAUAACAGCAUUCCAGACCUUGGUUCACCUGGUGAAAGGUAACAUAGGCACAGGGGUCCUGGGACUACCCCUGGCUAUGAAGAAUGCAGGCAUCCUGAUGGGCCCUCUCAGUUUGCUGGCCAUGGGCAUCAUCUCCUGCCACUGUAUGCACAUCCUGGUCAGGUGUGCCCAGCGCUUCUGCCACAGACUUAACAAGCCCUUUAUGGACUACGGGGAUACGGUGAUGCAUGGACUAGAAGCCAGCCCCAGCACCUGGCUCCAGAACCACGCACACUGGGGAAGGCGUAUCGUGAGCUUCUUUCUUAUAGUCACUCAGAUGGGCUUCUGCUGCGUGUACAUUGUGUUUCUGGCUGAUAAUUUAAAACAGGUAGCGGAAGCGGUUAAUAGCACAACCAACAACUGCCAUUACAACAGGACAGUGAUCCUGACGCCCACCGUGGACUCUCGACUCUACAUGCUCACCUUCCUGCCCUUCCUGGCGCUGAUCGUCCUCAUCCGGAACCUCAGGGUUCUGACCAUCUUCUCCCUAUUGGCCAACAUCACCAUGCUGGUCAGCUUGGUCAUCAUCACCCAGUCCAUCAUCCAGGGAAUUCCGGACCCCAGCCACUUGCCACUGGUAGCAAAUUGGAAGACCUACUCGCUCUUCUUUGGAACAGCCGUUUUUUCAUUUGAAAGCAUUGGUGUGGUUCUGCCCCUGGAAAACAAGAUGAAGGAUGCCCGCCGCUUCCCAGUCAUCCUGUCUUUGGGAAUGUCCAUCGUUACUGCCCUCUACAUCAGCAUCGGGACUCUGGGCUACCUGCGGUUCGGAAAUGACAUCAAGGCCAGCAUAACCCUUAACCUGCCCAACUGCUGGCUGUACCAGUCGGUCAAGAUCCUCUAUGUAAUUGGCAUCCUGUGCACCUACGCCCUGCAGUUCUACGUCCCUGCAGAAAUCAUCAUUCCUUUCGCCACCUCCCAGGUGUCAAAGCGCUGGGCACUGCCUCUGGACUUGUUCGUCCGCCUAGCCAUGGUCAGCCUGACAUGUGUCUUGGCCAUCCUCAUCCCCCGCCUGGACCUGGUCCUCUCUCUGGUGGGCUCCCUGAGCAGCAGUGCGCUGGCCCUCAUCAUCCCGCCCCUCCUGGAGAUCACCACCUACUACUCAGAGGGCAUGAGCCCCGUCACCAUCAUCAAGGACGCCCUGAUCAGCAUCCUGGGCUUCGUGGGCUUUGUGAUGGGGACCUACCAGGCCCUGGAUGAGCUGAUCCAGUCAGAAGACCCUCUAAGCUUUUCCAACUCAACCAUUUUUAUUCAGUGAAAAUGGCACUGCUUCUUACCCACCAGCACCUGACAUUUAAUGAUAGAAAUCUCUUAUAUACAUUAUAUUUUGCUGCUUUACCUUUCUCUGGGUCAAGUCACAGUGAAACAAGCACGGACUCACCAGCUACAAGGUCUAGAUGGUAAUUACAAAAUUUUUUUUAAAUUUAUUUUCUUUCCAUCUCUAGCUUUCCACUACACUGAGAGUUCUCUCACUGAAGGCUCUUGAUUCCAUCCAGCUUUUUGGCAAUUCACAUGAUGAAUUUCACACCUUGAGUGGGGCUAUGCAAGAUGAAGCCACCAGGGGGCAUCCAAGAGGCAGCACCUGACAGAAGGAGGUGGGUGCAGCCAGCUAAGGCUGAUGGUGAUUUGGUAGACAAAGGGUGUCCUCUUCUCCAGAUCUGUUUAAAGAGCAAAGAUUAAGAGUGGGGACAUAAUCCAUAUUCCAGCAAGGUGUGCACAGCUCCAGCGUCAAGAUGGAUAGGAUCCACAGGUCCAUGGUGAGCUGCAAUUCUCAGACAGAAAGGAACCACCAUAUUUAAGUCAAGGGCAAUAAACUUUCUAAACAACUGGAUAAAGUUUUGGCCCAGUUCAAAGAUCUCAACAAAGGACAGUCAUCACAGAAAUGGAUGUGCCAAUGGCGGGGGGUGAGG